CAGGAUCCAGCUGCUCCAUGGCCUCAUCCCUUCAUUGUUCAGGAUCUAGUCCAGGCCUUCAUGAUGGUGGCCAUGUUUUUCCCCGAGUCAAAUGUGACGGCCAACGUGACAGAAUUCUUGAAAUCCGACGAAUGCGAAAGCUUUAGAAAUUCUCUCUUGUUCAGUCCACAAGAACGAUGCAAAUCUCAGCCUGAUCGAAGGAGCCGGACAAGCUAUAGAUUUCGCGAUAAGAAAUUCUGGGAUGGGUGGAAUGAGGUUUUAAAAGGUCCAGGAUAUUUCACAGACAUUUUCCCUCUCGACUGGAGCAUGAACAUCCGCCCAACUAUAGCUAAACUGUACCGAGCGGGAAUCAUCGCCCCAGCCUACUGUCAGAACGAUCCGCAAAUCGUCCCGGGAGUGGCCGUGGCAGCGACAGAACCUCAUCGCCCAGACGAAUUGGACCUUUUCAUCUGCUACGAGGAUCGAUACAAAAACUUUCCACAAAUAUUCCCGCCUUCCUUUGCCGGACCAGACAAAUGGACAACGCUGCUGCCCCACGCUCAGGCCGUCGGCCGUCCCUGGGAGUGGAAGUUUGUGCCCAAGGACAUGCCUGGCAGCGAGUUCAGCGUACACCACACCGUAAGCAAGAGGCUGGAACUGCUGAAGGAGCAGUUUGGCGACCGUGUGUAUAGCAGAGCGGAUUUGAUCCUCGUUAUGGGCGAGGAUGUGGCGGAUUUGUUAAAGUACUGUGUGGCUGUGACGUUUGCUAUGCAGACGAAGCCGUGGCUGAGGGAGGUUGAUCUGUGGAAGAGCUUUAUCAACGUCGAGCUGGAAUUUAUGCAGCAGUUGGAUCCUUACUGGCUUGAUUGA